AAUGCCGUUGGAAGCAAAAAGACGAGGGAGGGGGAACUCGAAUGGAAGGCGUCGGUGCAACACAGAGGAGACAAUCGAGUUUGAUAGAGCUUUAAAAAAUGACUAUAUCAGACGUAAAACCAACAUUAUCAAAAUAACAUUGUUACCCAGGAUACACGGGACUUUUUACAGUAUUUGACUGUCCUAUAUCUGUCAUAACUACAGGCAGUUGAGCCUUGUUUAUAUUGUUUUGCAAGCGAGCUUUGAACAGGGUCGGGAGGCCCAAUCUGGUGCGGGAAGCGACCGCCUUCUUCCGAGUGUGUUGUUGAGUGGUUCGGUCUAUUCGCUCACCAAAGAAUAUGAGACAGGUGUCACGAUGACGUCUAGAUUUGGUAAAACCUACAGCCGUAAGGGAGGCGACGGCUCAUCAUCCAAGUUUGACGAGGUCCUGUCCAACAAGAGAGCGACGCUCAGCACCAAAUGGGGCGAGACGACAUACAAGGCCAAGGUGAGUUCCAAGCGCCCCGGCCAGAAGACUGAGGUGGCAGAGCAGCCCAAGAGGCCCAAACUCUCCAACGAGAGCUCCGAGGACCCCUUUGGGUUUGACAGCGAUGAGGAGUCAAAGACGGUCACCUCUCGCGUCCCACAGGCAAAAGCCUCCCCAGUCAAGCCGGCAUCCACAGAACUGCCCCCGGCAGGGAGGCCAGGCUUGUCCCUGGAGUCCAGCAGCAGAACCAGCCUUGCUCCCAGUAGAGCAACCUCUAGUCUGGGGAUUGACAGAACCCAACUGAGGGUCACCGAGGACACAGCCAGGUUCUUCAACACCACCCCCACAACAGCCAAGCCAAGCCAACCGAGCUGGUCUAAUGAGGGUGCGACUGCAGAGAAACAUAGCUACUCAUGGUACAGCAACGCCUCGGAGAGCGACAAGAAGCCCAUCGCUCAGACCACCACCCUAAAGAGUGAGGCCAAGUACUCGUACGACAACUGGGAUGCUGUGAUGCUUCUGGGGCCCACCUCGCCCACCCCAGAGCCCACUAGAAACCCCUCAAUGUGGGGUGGCGCGGGCAGCUACGGCCUGGGUCUGGCCAGGGAGGACAAGCCAUCCCCAGAGCCGACCCCCAGUUACGUAGUGGGCCAGAGGGAUUUCGAAGUCCCCAUCGAGCCCUCCGAGUCCCAGGACCACUCCCAGUCUCUCCUCAGGGCUAGCACCAACUGCCGGACCUACCACCGGCCCAACAAAGGCAAGCAGGCCGGGGACUCUGACAGCACCAGUAGUACUAGCACCAGUACCAGCACAUCCUUCAGUAGUGGGCCCGGAUCUAGCCUACUCAAGACCAACAAUACGGAGAACAGCAACAAGCCGGCGGGCCGUGGGAGGACGAGAGACUACACAGUGCUGCACCCGUCCUGCCUGUCGAUGUUUAACGUCACUAUUCAGGACCGGGUCAUGGAGGAAUACACCCCCGCUUCCGCCGUGGCUGCCCCCCUGACAGACCCGGGAGAGGCUGGCCGACUGAAAAAGAAGAAUGAACCAGCACCGGCCAAGCCCAUCAGGUUCAGACCUACACAGAGCAAGGCCAAGAAAGACACCAAGCUGGACUUCUUUGGCUUCGAGGAAAACGAGGCAGGCCGUGGUGCCAACCAGGAGGAGGGCAGUUCUGACCCUGUGGCAUCCGGCAGCUCCAAUUACAAGAUUAAGUACUUUGGCUUUGACGAUAUGAGCGGCAGUGACAGCGACGAAGACGAGGACUCCCACGCCAAAGAGAGGAAGGCUAAGAGGGCUAUAGCCACCGCUGCUGCAGCCACAGCCUCCCUUGCUGCCAUGGAGAUGAGGGUGGACAGCCCCCUGUCCAGCAGUGAGGAGCUGGACAGUCAGACCAGCAGCAACACAGGUCAGGGACAGGACCUCAGGCGAGAUGUGAUGGACUUCCCAGAGGACAACUCUGCCUCUGUGGGCCUAGAGAUGCCCAGGAGACCUCAGGCAAAACAGCUGGAGAAAUCAAAGGAGAGCAGGGAGACCAAUAGGAAGAUCUUCAGUGGACCCAAAAAGUCUCCCACUAAAGCUGUGUACAACGCCAGACACUGGAACAGAGAGCCAGAGGAGCUGCCCCCGCCACACGUACCCCGAUCAACCACUGCACCCGCAAGCCAGUCGAGCGGGAGCAGCAAGGAUGCCAACUCUCACAAAGACGACGGCCUGUUCAAAGCGCCGCCAUGCCCGCCGCCCAAAGUCAUCAAGUCUGUGUCGUUCCCCACCGAGCCCUACCAGGACAUUGUCACUGCACUGAAAUGCAGGAAAGAGCACAAGGAGCUAUACACAGUAGUCCAGCAUGUCAAGCACUUCAACGACGUGGUGGAGUUUGGCGAGAACCAGGAGUUCACCGAUGACUUUGAGUACCUGGCCACUGGCUUGAAGAGUGGCCAGCCUCUCAACACACGCUGCCUUAGUAUCAUUAGCCUGGCCACCAGGUGUGCCAUGCCCAGCUUCAGAAUGCACCUGCGGGCCAGAGGGAAGGUGGCCCAGGUCUUCAAGACUCUCAACGAUGCCCCACAGCACCCGAACCUCUCCCUGUGUACGGCCAGUCUGAUGUACAUCCUGAGCCGAGACCGACUCAACAUGGACCUGGACCGGGCCAGUCUAGACCUGAUGAUCCGCCUGCUGGAGCUGGAGGGGGACCACUCUGUGUCCAAGGACAACCAGCUCACUGCCAAGGAGAUGUCAAAGGUCAAGGAGAAGAUCCGCAAGCUGUGCGACACGGUGCACAACAAGCACCUGGACCUGGAGAACAUCACGACGGGGCAUUUAGCCAUGGAGACCUUGUUAUCGCUGACCUCCAAGCGGGCUGGGGACUGGUUUAAAGAGGAGCUUAGGCUCCUGGGAGGCCUGGACCACAUAGUGGAUAAAGUGAAAGAAUGUGUGGAGAACCUGAGCCACGAGGAUGACAAGGAGAAGCUGGUGGCAUCGCUGUGGGGAGCCGAGAGGUGUCUACGUGUGCUGGAGAGCGUAACUGUUCACAACCCAGAGAACCAGGGCUACCUGAUUGCUUAUAAGGACUCUCAGCUUAUCUGCUCCUCAGCCAAGGCCCUGUGGCACUGCGAGGAGAUGAUCCAGCGCUACGGCCAGGAGACUGGGGUGAACAGUGCCCUGUGCUCGGCGGGCACCGCCCUGCCAUACGCCAGCCACAGCAAUGUGGGUAAGGCCGUGGAGGACUGCAUGAAGGCCAUCAUCGGCGUGCUGCUCAACCUCACCCACGACAAUGAGUGGGGAAGCACGAAGACAGGCGAGCAGGAGGACAUGAUCAUGACAGCUUUGAACUGUGUGCUCCGCGUCCCACAGUACCUUCAUCAGGAGAGGAGGUUCGACAUCCGAGUACUGGGUCUGGGUCUGCUGAUCAACCUGGUGGAGUACAGUGCCAGGAACCGCCACUGUCUGAUGGAGAUGGAGAUGGACGGAGGAGCUCCCUUCAACUCUGUCCUGGUGGCUGACAAAGAGGAGCUCAAGACGGAAGGAUCGCUCACUGCCAUCGCUGCCCUGGUGCAGCUCUUCCUCCAGCGGGAGCAAGCGGCCAUAGCGGCAGAGGCGGAGACGGAUGACUUCAUCAACGACGUGCCCAAACCCAAGCUGGACCAGAGCGGCGAGUGGCAGGAGUCUGGUGGCGAGAUCCAGUGGGUGGCCUCGGAGAACAACAACACCAACACCAACACCGUCAGCGAGAAGGAGAAGGCCAAGAAAGAGGAGGAAAACGAGGAGCUAGACCUUACCAAAGCUCUGCAGCAUGCUGGGAAGCACAUGGAGGACAGCAUCGUGGCCUCCUACACUGCUCUGCUACUGGGCUGUCUCUGCCAGGGCAGUCCGAUGAAUGUGACUACUGUGAGGGAAAACCUGCCCAAAGGAGAUUUCUCAAUAAUGACAGAAAUGCUCAAGAAGUUCCUAAAUUUCAUGAAUCUUACAUGUGAUGUGGGCACCGCAGGGCAGAAGUCCAUCUCUCGGGUCAUUGACUAUCUGGAGCACUGUUAGAGGCCUGACUCUGUGGGGAGGGACCACACUGGGGGCUGACUGCUCGUCUCACACCAGGACAGUUGGGUAGACCCAAGUCCAGACACACACACACACACACACAUCACACACACACACACACAUCACACAGCCUGCUAAUAACAACCACCUAUCUUCAUCAUCGUCAACACCACGUUCACUAUACAUACUGUGAUGGCCUCCCUUCAAACAGGCGAGGCCUGAAGCACUGGUUCAGCAUUCCACCGCUCCUAUUAUGACGUCUGUUUGGAACAGGAGAACUCUGAGCAGAUAACAGAAAAUAAGAACAACCUUCCGUUUAUAUUCUAGACGUUCUGUGUUCCAAACAGUUUUUUGUCUUCUGUUCCCUCACGAAAUUGUAAUUUAUGAUUCUCAGAAUGAUAUUCAUUAAAUGUCGAUUUUGGGGGGGGGGGGGGGGGGGGGUUGUGACCCUUUUUCUUCAUUCGAUACCCCUAAUUGUGCUAUUCAGGUUGUACAUUUAUAUAAAAACUCCUAUCCCAAAUCAAUAUGUCGCCUUCUUGCUACAUCUGCCACAUCCUCCAUUGUUUUUUUCUGCCUGCUGUAAAAGAUGUCUCUCUCCCUGCCUCCCUCCUCUGUUUACUUCCGAUUUGUCAUCAAAGUGCCUGUGUGCCUGACCCCCCCCCCCCCCCUGAAUGCGAAGAAAGCAUUCAGCAGUGACCCACACAACUGGAAUAGGAACACGAAGCAAAAGCUCUCAGCCCGCUUUGAAAUGCUGAAGCCCCCAGAGCCCAACGGCCCCACUGCACUGAAGCUCUUUUAUUGCCUUCGCGACUGUCCUUUUUGUGUGUGUGUGUGUGUGUGUGUGUGUGUGUUCUAAAAAACCCUCUGUCGUUGAGGGGAGGGUGUGAAAAGGUUUAGAAAUGAACCAAUAGAUUUUCUUUCCGUUUCGAAGUACAUGGAGUACACCUCACCUCUGUCCAAGUCGAUACUUUCGGAGAUUGUAGGUCUUCAAGGACAAACCUGAAAUGGUCCUCAUCUGUAGUUUCACUAACGUGAGAGAACUACAUCAUUUAAUCUAUACCCCCCCCCUUAUCAUUAUUGGUUAUGGCCAACAGGAAAGUAUGGAUGUUUGUCUUUAAUUUGUAUUGCAGAGACUAUUGGGUCGGAAUGACCACCACAGUGCUUCAGCUAGCUGUUAAAGGCUGUAGAACACAUAAGUGUUGGUUUUCUGUUGCUGAAUAAAUACAUGCCAGUCUGGCAUUAAGUUAUAUUCUUCCUCCUCUCUUCAACGCUGCAAUUUCUUUUUAAGCUUUUCUCAAAAAAAUCUACUGGACUAAAAGACUACAGUGUUUUCUUUUUGCUUUUCAAACUUUUUAAUUUAAGCACUUGAAUUGAUAAGAGCGCUGUUCAUGAACUGAGCCUCUCAGUUUAACAGUUGCUGUAUCCAUGCUCCCUCCGUUCUGAGUUUCAUAAUGUGAUGCCCAUUAUAUAACUAACCUGUUUCAUAGCCAGUGUUCUCAGUUUUGUUCAAUUCAGGCUUGAUUGGGACUGCUAUCGGCUGCGUGACGUUGUCAGCUAAUUCAUUGGUUAUAUGCUGUUUCCCAUAGUUUUCUCCUAUAAAACUGUAAAAUCCUCUUCUCCCAGCUUGAAUGCGGAGGUUAGUCGGUCGUGGGGCUGUUUGGGGUUAAGAUGUACAGAAUUGGGGAGAUGAAGUUUCCCUCUUUUUAUUUCCUAAAGUUGCGUUCAUUCCCCCUUGUAUAUUUACGACAUGUUUUUGUUUCUCUUCUAAGACGCGCACGCACACCCACAGCCACGCAGACAUUAAAGCUUCAGCCAUCUCCAUGCACACACCCUCAUCGAUACUUUCUAAGCUGUUAAGCCUCUUGUAUUUCAAUCUGAUGUACGCUGUAGUCGGGAGCCACACCAGUCGUUUAAAAAAAAAAAAAAAAAAAAAAAAUUGGCUUAAUUAACACUUCUGAAGUUUACAAGAGCUUUAUUCACAAAUCUGGAAAUGGAUGGAACAAUGUAAAUACUUUUGUAAAUAUUGGAAAUGUAGAAAUGGUAGACUACUUUUCUGAAUCCAAUCCAAUUUAUUUUAUACAGCAUUUUCAGUUGUGUUAUUUGAAAGACAGAUUUAAAAAGGUGUAAAAAGGCAAAUGCAGGAACAUGCUCUUUGUACCAAUUUCAAGAAUGUCUUUGGUUACUUGUAUAUAAUUUUAACUUGAAUAAAAAUUGCUACUUUCAGUA